AUGAGGUUGUGUGAAUUCGCAUUGUUGAUAUGCGUUCUUCUUGUCACAACCACCACGACGGGUGACCUUGGCGGGGUUGUCCCUGCGCCCAUCUCAAGAACACGAGAGUCCUGGAGGAUCCACAGGCUUCAGGUCGUGAUUUACCUGAACACCACAACGUGCUCCGCGGCAGCAGAAGCCUCACAGACUUUUCCCGUGGCAUUGGAAAGUGACUUGCUUGAGGGCAUCUUCCAUGAAAUUUCGUUGACGAGGGAAGCUUCCUACUCAAGCCAAGCAUCUUCUGGAUCAGUGUCUUGUGACAUUCACUGCAUUUCCUCAUGGGAUGCGGUGGCCACUGAGGCUUAUCGGGGGAGAGGAGCCGUCUGUUCCUUCCCUUCCACACUUCUUUGCAAGUGGGAGGUGGACGAGGCAACAUCCAGUUUGGCGAAUCUCCAUGUAGCGUGUCAGAGACGCGUCUGGGAGCUCUACACGACGGCGAACAACGCUACGGAGGCCAAGCAUGCCAACAGCAGCAGUAAAUACAUUUUUAGGCGCUCCUCAGAGGUGUAUUACAACCUGACUGGUGACCGGCGUCAUCUGGUGGCGGUGGGUGGUGACUGCUAUCGCAGCGAGCUUUUUGCAGCUUCUGCAAGCAGCAAUUGCGGUCGGGUGUUGUGUUUGGGGGUCGCUAUGAUUGUGCUGGCGGCUGUCGUGGCGCUGGUCUUGGUAGUUGCUGUGGUGUAUGUGUGUCACCGGCAACUCUUUGGCCGCUGCUUUCUGCCCAGCCCCAACGGUGGUGAGCCAACCUUCUCUUCACAGCUGGUUGCACGUCUAGCGGAUGAUAACGAGAUUAGCGGUAACGCAACAUACGAGCCCUGGAAACGGCCUGUGGAGCCCUCAAUGCCCUUCAAUCCACCCAUUUACGUUUCUUUAGGGAACUUUAAAUCUCCACUGUCCCGGUCAUCGGAAACAAUGACUGCGUAUUUUUUGAAAACCGGGGAACCCACGACAAAUGUUUCGCCAAAAAUUGCGCGAACAGUCAGUACCUCUGGGCAAAGGCAAGACUCAGCGCCGGCCUCCAUACACCUGAGGUGUCAUCAUUCAACGCCGCGGCAGUAUGAACCGCCACAUGUGGAUGGCGUUGAGUUGGCUCUGCACGGUGACAGCGGACUGGGUGGCUGGGGUGCUUGGCACUCAGAAAGGUCCUCGCCCAUCGCUUGCGAGGUAGACAUAUCGAAAGAGGAGCGCGAGCAGCUCCUGCGCCAGCGUUCAUGGCUUAGAGAGCACGUCACAGGCCUUGAUACACUGUAA